UCUCGGGUCGUUUUUGCCGCUAAAAUUUUCCGAUUUCCCGCUCUAAACUCCACGUGUUUUAGUGAUGAGGAAACUUGACAAUUUUUAUUCGAUAUUUAAAUUAUAUUGUGGACUUUGAGGACUGUAUAGUCGUGCUAUAAUUUUUUGUGAAAGUUGAUGCUUGAAGACCACAUGUACUCAUCUUCGACGAAAGCGGCCUGCUGGCUGGCCACAUUCCUCAGCGUUUUUGUUACUGGUGAAAUGCCAAUUCAAGCUGAGGUUGAACCGGAAUUUCUACAGGCAUUGGAAAAUCACACUGUCACACAGGGUCGGGAUGUGCACUUCACGUGUGUUGUCAAUCACCUAUCACAUUACCGGGUGGCGUGGAUAAAAUCUGAUUCGAAAGCAAUCCUCGCUAUUCAUACAAACAUGGUGGCUUUAAACCCACGACUGUCAGUCACAUAUAACAAUCACAACACGUGGAAAUUGCACGUCAGCAAUGUGCAGGCGAGCGAUUCAGGCACUUAUAUGUGCCAGGUCAACACAGACCCGAUGAAAAGCCAGAUGGGUCAACUAGCAGUGCUGAUCCCACCAGAUAUAGUAGACAGUGCGGCUGAAGGCAGCUCAGCAAGAGAAGGUGGAAAUAUUCGUCUAACCUGCACGGCAACCGGCGUUCCCGCGCCCACUGUCAUGUGGAGGAGGGAACAUAACCAACCCAUCGUCUUUAGACACGACGGAGGAAGGGAGAAAAAAGUCGUAGAGAUCCACAAAGGCGAAAGUCUUGAGCUGGCUCACGUGCAGCGCACUGACAUGGGUGCAUAUUACUGCAUUGCCAGCAACGGGGUACCGCCCACCGUCAGCCGCCGGUAUCACGUGCAAGUACAUUUUAUACCACAAGUCAAAGCUGCGCUACAAUUAGUCGGGGCACCGCUUCGCAGUGACGUAGAACUGCAGUGUUAUAUUGAAGCCUCUCCGAAAGCUAUGAACUCCUGGUACCGGGAAGACGCGUUGGUGAGCGAUAAACUGCUAGAGAAUCCAAAGUUCCGUAUAGUGGAGCGCUCGGUGAACGAGUAUUCUUUAUGGAUGAACCUGACUAUAAAAUCGCUGGCUUUCGGCGAUUUUGGCACUUACGUGUGCGCCUCAGUCAACGCGCUCGGAAAGAUGGAGAGUCAAGUUAGCUUACACAAAAUCGACGUGAAUCUUAACGGUCCAGGGGAUGUACCCAUGGUAUCUGGGGCGGCGUGGCAGCGCGCAAGAAAUUUACCAGCCCGAGCACGCGCGUCCCCAUCACAUUAUAUCACACAACACCUCGCCCAAAUACACGCUAUAUUACUGACGACUUUAAGAUAUCUGUAUAAUGACUUUACUUAGAUUUCAACUGCGUAAUUCAAAAAUCGAACAGAAUACUUCGAAUUGGGUGAAUCAAGUUCUCAAUCUGAAAAUGGAAUCAAUCCAUAGUUUUACAGAAUAUCCCUCAAAAUCUAAAUCUAGCACAGAUUAAUUAGUUAAUUAGACUUUAGAGUCAUCACUCUUUUCAUUACUGCGUAAACAGAAUUGGGCAGAUAGAGGCGAACGAUUACUUUAGUGUAAUUUAGUUUUUAAGAGGUUCUUAUUAGAGUCUCAAGAUUAUCUCGUUUUGAGAGACGUAAUGUCAAAUAUGUCAAACUUCAUACAGAGAUGACGAUUGACAGCUUCUGACAGAUUUAAGUUUGAAUAGCCUUAGAAUACAAAACCAUUCCAUAUAUAAAACGUAAAAAAUAAGAGUUUAAUAUUUGUUGACUACUAAAUUAAUUUAUCUCGUGUGUAUAAUAAUGUGAUAUACGUUAGUAUUAAAUGAUAUCAUUUAAUCUCGUAAUGUUAAAUAGAUAUUUAUUUUAUAGAUGUUACAUACUAUCCUAUUUUUUAACUUACACGAUCUGGAUACAAGUCCUUUCGCCGAAAUUUUUUUUAAGUUGCCAGACAUAAUUUGUAAAUAGUAUCCUACGGUUGUCAUAUAUACUAUGUCGCAAUUCUAUAAGACAUUUGGUCUAUAUCGUAAAAGUAACUGAAUUUAGAUGAAACUGUUAAUUAUGUGUGAAUGUUUGUGAAUUGUGAAUAUAUCGGAAAAUUUCUUAUAACCCAUAAAUUAACCCAUUAACCCAUAAACAAAAAAAAAAUUGUGUUAUUAUUUUUGAAUUAAUUAUAUUAAAAAGCUCUUAACUUUUAGUGAGAACACUUUGAGGGGAAGCUUAAAACUGGAAAAAUACUCAAUA